AUGUCGUCCCCAGAGAAGAAGAGAAAGAAGAUGCCGUCGGCAAUACUUCCGGCGACGCCGAUUCCUUCGCUUCCGAAUGAUUUGCUAUAUAACUGCUUCGCGCGCAUAACCAGGUCGUAUUACCCGGCUCUCUCUCUCGCCUCCAAGAGCUUUCGAUCUCUCAUAGCUUCACAGGAGCUUUACGAGACCCGAUCCCUUCGAAGCAACACCGAGAGUUGUCUCUAUCUGUGCUUAAAGUUCCCUUAUGAUCCUAGCCCUCGCUGGUUCACUUUCUGCCGCAAACCAACCCGAAAGUUAAUCAAUGGCACUGAGGAUAAAAACGAGAAGAAUCCAAGUGGCAAUGUUUUGGCCCCAAUCACGAUUCCCCAUUCACCUCAAGCUCAUUGGAAAAGUGGUGUGGCUAUGGUUUCUGUUGGUUAUAGUAUCUACGCCAUUGGCGGAGCCAAGAAGGAAGCGCGGUCGAGUAAAGUCUCCAUCUUGGACUGCCGGACUAACACGUGGCGCGAAGGUCCGAGUAUGCUUGUGGAGCGGUCUUACCCAGAAGCUAACGUCGUUGACGGGAAGAUAUAUGUAACAGGAGGAUGUGGAUACUACAAGUCCCCCGUUCGGAUGGAGGUUUACGAUCCAGAGACGCAAGCUUGGAAGCUUGUGAUGUGCCCUUUUGCAAAGAGUUACGCAUGUUAUGUGAGCAGUAGCAAAUCGAUUGAUGGAGAGAUCUACAUGUUUGGUAACAAGAUUUGUGUGGGUUACAAGCCAAAGGAAGAUAGAUGGGAAGUGAUGGGAAGGCGUCGGUUGAAUUUAUCAUGUGAAGGAGUUUCUUGGUGCACUGUAGGUGACGUGCUGUAUUGUUAUAGUUACCUGGAUGGAUUGCAGUGGUACAACUCUAAGAUGAGAAAGUGGAGAUGUGUCAAGGGUUUUGUCGAUUUGGAAAUAAUGUCCGGUUAUUUUGUUGAGAUGGUAGAUUAUGGUGGAAAGAUUGCGGUUUUGUCGGUGCCUUGCCGUCAGAAUACGACCAUGUGGUGUGCGGUGAUUGCACUUAGAAGGACCAUAAGUGGAAAUAUUUGGGGGAAGGUUGAGUGGUGUGAUGCUGUUCUUGAAGUCCCUGCCUCUUUCGAAUUUGUGUGUGCUCUUGCUGCUACUCUUUGA